AGUCAGUAUCAAGCAGGCAAGCGGUUAAUAUCUGCUUGACUCGUAGAACGUUAAUACAAUAUUAGAAAGUAGAUAUUAUAUAUUUUUGUACAAGUGAACACGUUUUUAAUAAUAAAUAGCGUCGUUUUUAUGAUUAAUAAUCUAUAAUCGAAGGUCUAGUGCUUAAAUCAGCGACAAUCAAAUUGGUUGUUACGAAAAAACUGUGUUUUCUCUUGGUGUGAAAAUGCCGGCGUCUAAUCUUUUCGCUGAAAUGGAUCGCGGCAGUGGAAUUGGGGACGAAAGGGCCCUACAAUUGGCUCUCGAAUUAUCAAUGCUCGGUUUUAAUGAACCUUUAACUUCGGUUUCUGAACCAGAUAGUCCCGGAGAUCUUAAUUCUUUCGUUAACCCUCUCGCGAACGUCGGUUUAGAAGAAGUUCGAUCCAAGAAGUCACAAAAUAUGACAGAAUGUGUUCCCGUACCCAGCUCGGAGCAUGUGGCUGAAAUCGUAGGCAGACAAGGUUGCAAAAUCAAAGCCCUCCGCGCCAAGACCAACACUUACAUCAAAACGCCCGUCAGAGGCGAAGAACCCGUCUUCGUGGUAACAGGUCGCAAAGAAGACGUCGCCAAAGCCAAAAGAGAAAUCCUCUCGGCGGCGGAGCAUUUCUCCCAAAUCAGAGCUUCCCGCAAAAACAAUUUGGCGGGAUUAGGAUCCGGCGCCAGCACGCCGCCCGGUCCUCCGGCGAAUAUUCCCGGCCACGUAACAAUCCAAGUGCGGGUGCCGUACCGCGUCGUCGGCCUGGUAGUCGGCCCCAAAGGCGCCACCAUCAAAAGGAUCCAACAUCAGACCCACACCUACAUCGUAACGCCGAGUCGCGACAAAGAACCCGUCUUCGAGGUGACAGGUCUACCGGAGAGCGUCGAAUCCGCCCGCCGAGAAAUCGAAGCCCACAUCGCGAUGCGCACCGGAAACGGCGCCUCCAUCAACGGCUUACUAGACGAAAGCGAACUAUUCGCCUCGUUGUACAAAUCCGGAUUGAAUUCGAUACUCAACUACAUGGAACAACCGACGGACACGUUCCCGACGAUGACCUCUUCGACGGGCAGCAGCGGCGCCUUCUCCAGCUCGGGCUCCUGCUCCAGCAGCUCGUCGAGCAGCGGCGGCGGCAGAGAUCUGGGAGCCAUAUGGAGCUCGAACGAUAGAGACGAAGGCUUGGGCGAUUCCCCCAGCUUCGAUACGUCCGCCGCUCUAUCGAGCAUUUGGUCGUACCCGAGCGCCGCGGCUCCGUCGAGACCGUCGCCGGCGAACAGCACCAGCCCCGCCGACUCCCUACUCAGCUCCGCCACCAAAUGUUUAGUGUGCACCGAGGCGAAAGUUACGCACGCCCUGGUGCCGUGCGGCCACAAUUUCUUCUGCAUGGAAUGCGCCACCAGAGUGUGCGAAGCCGGCGACGCCCAAUGCCCCGUCUGUUCGCUACCCGCCAUACAAGCGAUCCGCAUCUACUCCCCGAAUCCUUAAGGCGGCGACGCCCCCAUCGGUCGCGCUCGAAUCGCAUUCCGUGGACGCGCGAUUCCGCUGACGCGCGAUUCCGCGGACGCGCGUCCCGCCUUCGACUUCACCUUCGCUUAACGCUCUUCGCAUACAACGAAUCGGAAAAUUUUUAACGUGGAGUUUUUUUACGAUUUUUUAUUAUUUUUUUCAAUUUUUCGUGUGCGGUCGGGGGUUCGACGAAGUUGAAGCGUGUAGUCAUCGUUUAAAGCCAGUGAAACAUCCUUUUUUUUUUUUAUUUUCUAUUUUUUAAUCAAUUUUUUUUUUUUUCGAUAGUAUUUAGAGUUAUAUUUUGAGUAUUUUGGAUAUUUUUUAUCGUUCCGAACAUGUAGAAACGGAAAAGGAAAAAGACGCGCGACGCCGCGCUUCGCGCGUAAAGUGCGUCGCGUCGUUUUUUUUUCGGAAUAUAUUUUUUUAAGUUUCGCCGUGUGGGAAUGUCGCUCUCACGUUAUUGAAGUCUGAAAACAGCAAUUCUCAAAAUAUUAUUUAAGGGAUAAAAUUUUUUAAAAUAAUAUAUGGAUAAAAUAGGAAUAAAGCGAAAAUAUAAUGAAAAAAAAAAAAUAUAUUAUAUUACGAUUACGAAGUGAGAAUUAGUUUGGUUGUGCGGCGCGAGGUGUGUGCGGUUCGGAAGCGGGGGGUGCGAAAAAAUUUCGAAUUCUUUCGAAAAUUUAUGGGAGAUAUCGGGAAAAAUUGAAAAUUUGUCGAAAUAUUUUGGAAAUUAAUAUAAAAAUUCGAUGGUAACUGUGAUUUUUUUCAUAUUUGAAUCGUGAAAGUGGCGUUCGUAUAUUCGGUGACGUUUUUACUGAAAAAUUUCCGAUUUGGAGAUUUUUAUCUUUAUUGAUUCGUUCAAUACGAGGGGAUGUAGAAAAAUUCGAUUACUAUCAACUUUUUUUUCUGUAUCUUCCUUGUUUUUAAAAAUAAAACUUCGAUUAGGGAAUUUUUAAAUUCGGGAAUAUUUUUUUUAUAAAUUAUCAAAUUUUUUUAUAUUUAUCAUGUUUAGUUCAUGAGAUACAGGGUUAUAAAGAUAACUUUUGUUUUCGACUCAAAAAUGAUACAACCCUUUUACUGUCUCAUUAUCUCCCUUGUUAUUUGAUAUAAAUUUUCGAAAAAAAAAUCAUAGAAUGAGGGAAAUUUUCUCUACCAGUUUGCAAAUUUUCAAGUUUCCAUCUUAAGUAGUUCGUUAGAUACAAGGAGUUUAAGAAAACUUCUAUUUUUGUGUUUAAAAGUGACAUGAUUGUCUUAUUUUUUUAAUAACCCUCGUAAAAUUCAAUACAUAGUUUUGAAAAAUAUAUUCCUAGAAUUAGAAAUAUUUUCUCUAUAAAUUACCAAAUUUUUACAUUUGCAUCUUAAUUAGUUUAUGAGAUACAGGGUCGUAAAUACAAAUUUUGUUUUUGACUCAAAAAAUGACACAACCCCUUUACUGUCUCAUUAUCUCCCUUGUUAUUAAAUACAAAUUUUCGAAAAAAAAAAUCAUAGAAUAAGGAUAAUUUUCUUUACGAACUUGCAAAUUUUCAAAUUUCCAUCUUAAGUAGUUCAUUAGAUACAAGGCGCUUAAGAAAACUUCUAUUUUUGUGUUUAAAAGUGACAUGAUUGUCUUAUUUUUUUAAUAACCCUCGUAAUAUUUAAAACAUAGUUUUGAAAAAUAUAUUCCUAGAAUAAGAAACAUUUACUCUAUAAAUUACCAAAUUUUUACAUUUGCAUCUAAAUUAGCUUAUGAGAUACAGGGUCGUAAAGAUAACUUUUGUUUUCGACUCAAAAAUGAUACAACCCUUUUACUGUCUCAUUAUCUCCCUUGUUAUUAAAUACAAAUUUUCGAAAAAAAAAUCAUAGAAUGAGGGAAAUUUUCUCUACGAGCUUGCAAAUUUUCAAGUUUCCAUCUUAAGUAGUUCGUUAGAUACAAGGCGCUUAAGAAAACUUCUAUUUUUGUGUUUAAAAGUGACAUGAUUGUCUUAUUUUUUUAAUAACCCUCGUAAAAUUUAAUAAAUAGUUGUGAAAAAUAUAUUCCUAGAAUUAGAAACAUUUUCUCUAUAAAUUACCAAAUUUUCACAUUUCCAUCUUAUUUAGUUCAUGAGAUACAGGGUCGUAAAGUUAAAUUUUGUUUUUGACUCAAAAAGUGACACAACCCUUUUACUGUCUCAUUAUCUCCCUUGUUAUUAAAUACAAAUUUUCGAAAAAAAAAUCAUAGAAUGAGGGAAAUUUUCUCUACGAGCUUGCAAAUUUUCAAGUUUCCAUCUUAAGUAGUUCGUUAGAUACAAGGCGCUUAAGAAAACUUCUAUUUUUGUGUUUAAAAGUGACAUGAUUGUCUUAUUUUUUUAAUAACCCUCGUAAAAUUUAAUAAAUAGUUGUGAAAAAAAUAUUCCUAGAAUAAGAAACAUUUUCUCUAUAAAUUACCAAAUUUUCACAUUUCCAUCUUAUUUAGUUCAUGAGAUAUAGGGUCGUAAAGAUAAAUUUUGUUUUUGACUCAAAAAAUGAUAUAAUCCUUUUACUGUCUCAUUAUUUAAAUGCUUUUUAUAAAAAUUAUAUAUAAAAAAAACUAUUUUCCGUUAUAAAAUCGAUUCUAUAUGAAAAAAUUCACAAAAAAAAAUCAAAUUCCACUUUUUCGUAAUCACAUCGGUCAUCGACAAACUACACAGGGCCGUACACCCUCAACUGAUCUGUAUUUUUUCGAAGAAUUUAAAAUUUUUAACCAUUACGAAAACUUGCAGGGGGCCGUCCGGUAAAAUCGCCGCGCGCACGCCACCGGUCCGGGUACACCGCCCCUAAUAACGAAAUACAUAUCCCUUAUUGUUAGUUGAUCAGUAAUUGUUGCUAUUGUUCUGUUAUUUGAUGUGAUACAUAUAUUUCUAUAUUUCUUAUAGCGUAUAAGUUGUGAGAGAUUAUAUAAUAUAAAUUAUUUAUCGUGUGUACCCGGUAUAGCCGGCCGGUGUGCGACUGGGCCUUAAAUCGGAAAAUCCCGAAACGUUUGGGUUCGACACUGCUGAGUUUUUCUUAUCCGCAUUCGUUCGGUUCGUAAAUAAUUUUGAUUUUUGAUUUGGUUUUUGUUUUUCUAGAAUUACAUCGAUCGAAGAUAACGAAAAAAAUCAACUUUUUGUGACUGAAUUGAUUCGAUAAAAUUACAACAGAUUCGUAAACGAUUUUUCUACGAAUUUCCGAAUUUUCAUUUUCAUUACAUACGGGGUGUUUGAGAAAACUUGUUUUCAACUCAAAAAAAAAAGACAUGGUCUAGUUACUUUUUGAUUAUCUUCAGUUCUAUUUGAUUUAGGAAUUUCAAACAAAGUCUAGUAGAUUCAGAAACGUUUAUUUUAUGAUAUUUCUAUUAAACAUGUUUUUAUCGUGAUAGGUUCACUGGAUAUAGGGCGUUGAAAAAAAAUUUGUUUUUAGCUCGAAAAGUAACACGAUUCCAUAAAUUUUUCAAUAUCUCCAGUUUUAUUAGAUAUAGAACUGUGAGAUAUAAACCAGUUGAAUCAGAAACGUUUUUUCCACCAACUCCCCAAUUUUCUUGUUUCUAUCUUGAUUGGUUCUCUAGAUACAGGGUGUUAAAGAAAACAUUUGUUCUUGACACAAAAAGUGACAUGAUUUUCUUAAUUCUCAAAUAACUUCAGUUCUAUUUGAUAUAAAACUUUAAAAAUAAAUUCAUUAGAAUCAGAAAUGUUUCUUCUACGAGUCCCUAAAUUUUCAUAUUUCCAUUAUGAGUAAUUCACGAGAUACAGAGUGUCAAAGAAAACAUCUGGUUUUGACACAAAAAUGACAUGAUUCCAUUAAUUCUCAAAUAACUUCAGUUCUACUUGAUAUAGAACUUUGAAAAAAAAAUCAGUAGAAUCAGAAACUUUUUUUCUACGAGUCAUCAAAUUUUUACAUUUCUAUCACGAUUGAUUCUUUAGAUACAGGGUGUCAAAGUAAACAUAUGUUUUUGACACAAAAAGUGUCAUGAUUUUCUUAAUUCUCAAAUAACUUCAGUUCUAUUCGAUAUAGAACUUUUAAAAAAAAAUAAUUAGAAUCAGAAACGUUUUUUCUACAAGACCCCAAAUUUUCACAUAUCUAUCAUGAGUGAUUCUUUAGAUACAGUGUGUCAAAGAAAACAACUGGUUUUGACACAAAAAGUAACAUGACUUCCUUAUAUCUUAAAUAAUUUUAGUUCUAUUUGAUAUAGAACUUUUUGAAAAAAUUCAUUAGAAUCAGAAACGUUUUUUCUACAGGCCCCCAAAUUUUCAUACUUCCAUCAUGAGUAAUUCACGAGAUACAGUGUGUCAAAGAAAACAUCUGUUUUUGACACAAAAAAUGACAUGAUGUUUUUAAUUCUCAAAUAACUUUAGUUCUAUUUGAUAUAGAACUUUUUAAAAAAAUUCAUUAGAAUCAGAAAUGUUUUUUCUACAAUCUCCCAAAUUUUCAACUUUCCAUCUUGAUUGAUUCACUAGAUACAGAGUGUCAAAGAAAACAUCUGGUUUUGACACAAAAAGUGAUGUGAUGUUUUUAAUUCUCAAAUUACUUUAGUUCUAUUUGAUUUAGAACUUUUAAAAAAAAAUCAUUAGAAUCAGAAACUUUUUUUCUACAAUCUCCCAAAUUUUCAACUUUCCAUCUUGAUUGAUUCACUAGAUACAGGGUGUCAAAGUAAACAUCUGUUUUUGACACAUAAAGUGACAUGAUGUUUUUAAUUCUCAAAUAACUUUAGUUCUAUUUGAUAUAGAACUUUUUAAAAAAAAUCAUUAGAAUCAGAAACUUUUUUUCUACAAUCCCCCAAAAUUUUCAACUUUCCAUCUUGAUUGAUUCACUAGAUACAGGGUGUCAAAGUAAACAUAUGUUUUUGACACAUAAAGUGACAUGAUGUUUUUAAUUCUCAAAUAACUUUAGUUCUAUUUGAUAUAGAACUUUUUAAAAAAAAUCAUUAGAAUCAGAAACUUUUUUUCUACAAUCCCCCAAAUUUUCAACUUUCCAUCUUGUUUGAUUCACUAGAUACAGGGUGUCAAAGAAAACAUCUGGUUUUGACACAAAAAGUGAUGUGAUAUUUUUAAUUCUCAAAUAACUUUAGUUCUAUUUGAUAUAGAACUUUUUAAAAAAGUUCGGUAGAAUCAGAAAUGUUUUGUCUACGAUUCCCCAAAUUUUCACAUUUCUAUCGUCAUUCAUUUUCGAGAUACAAGGUAUUAAAUAUGACUAAUCCACUAAUCUCAAAUUGAAUUUAUUAAAUUAUCAGUAUUUGAAUAAAAAAAAUUAUUUUCAGUAUUACAAUUUUCGAGUAUUACUUGUAAUCAAUCAAAAAUUUGUUUCUCACUAAAAAUUAAUUAAUUACGAACCGACAACAAUGUAUUUCGAUAGGUACAUAUACAGCACGACACUAAAAAUCGUUAUUAUUAAAUUUUUAUUUAUAUAUUUCAAUAUAAAAUUUCAUUUUUCUUUAGUGUCUUGUAAUAUAUAAUCGAAAAUAAAAAGAAAAAAUAAAACGCGGCCCCCCCAGUCCUGCACCACUUGCUUCGGUUCCUUCAGUAUUCACGUUUCACCCGGUAUAUUAUCCGGGCUACAAUUUUUUUAAAUGCAUUUCUCCCCCUUGCCUGCACUUUUUCGUAGACAAUUUAGACCAAAUCCCGAAGCUGAUUUUAUCACCAAUCAAAUCGUAACAUACUGAUUAAUAUAUCAAAAAUUAUCUUGUAUCACAUUUGUUGUAACGUCCUCCAUGUUUACAUUUGACAUAACCCCAAAAAGUCCAUGGGCGUUGAAUUAGAUUGCGUGAGAAUCAAUUUUCACGUGACAGACGCGUGUCCUCUUCGAAAAACAACGUUUAAAGUAUAAAUAAGUUUUUUUGAGACACCUUAUAUAUAAAACAUCGUUUCUGUAAACUUCUAUUGUAUUUCUUAUGUCAACCAAUCAAAUUCCGCCACGUAUCCAACACCUACUUUGUUUAUCGUGUUGAAAUUUUUUUAAUACAACUCAAAUAAUUCCAAAAUCUUUCCUAAUCUUCUUAAGAGUUUGGUAAUCUGGUUUUCUUUACCAAAUAUUCACAUAUUGUAGUCUAUAAUUUAUUAAUUUACAAUCCAAUCGUUGUAUAUUAUAUAUACACGUUUAUAAAAUGGCGUCCAUCGUUGUAAUUUUUAGUUUAAAUUUUCCAUGAUUCUGUGUAAUAUAUCCAUUAGAUUGUUGUUGAUUUCGUGUCGGAUUUAUAUUUUUAACGCGUUCUUGUAAAUUCUAUCGGAGGAAAAUAGUAAAUCCGAAAUAUAUUCACGCGCAGAUCACGUGAUCAAAGUCUGAUAUGUAACAGGACCGUACUCGCGCUUAAGAAAUAAUUUACAGCAUACUGGAAAUGUUUUUUUUUUGGAAAUAUAUUAAUCAGUUGUUACGAUCGCUUUGAAGGAAAAGGUCUAGUACAUCCGACUGGCCCAUACUGGCCCUGAUGCGCUUAUAUAUUACUUAUUAUUAAAUAUAUAUAUUAAGAAACUAUAUUUUGUUUUUAUUUAUUUUUUUAUUGUAGUAUUGGAAAUUAAUGUUAUUAGAUAAAUUUAUAUAUAUUUUAUUAUUAUUAUUGCUUGGCCAGUCUGCGUCAGUCCGAAAUUGAUUAGGUCCGGUAUAGCCAGGAGACUUUGUUUAUGUACGUACGUUGUAAAUAAUUUGUUGUUUUAUAGCUAUUAAUAAAUACCAUAUUACAAUUAUUAUUUUAUUUUUAUACAUAUUUAACUAUGAAUGUUAGUACAAGUCUAUCGUUGAGUGCAGAAUGACUGUUCAAAAUAUCACAGUGCCCUUCAAUACCUUUACGAUCAAUUUUCGAAUCGAAUUUGCAAUUUUUUUUAAUUAUAUACAGGGGAGAAACGAAAAAUAGGUAGAAUAAUUUUUAUUUUUUAGAAAUUUUCAGAAAAGUUAUUUUAGAAAAAGUUGGAAAACGAUUUAUUAGAAUCAGAAACGUUUUUUCUACGAGCUCCCAAAUUUUCAAUUUUCCAUCUUGAUUGAUUCACUAGAUACAGGGUGUUAAAGAAAACAUUUAUUUUUGACACAAAAUAUGACAUGGUUCCCUAAAUUUUCAUAUAUCUCCAGUUUUUUUGAACAUACAACUUCGGAAAAAGAUUCAUUAGAAUCAGAAACGUUUUUUCUACAAACACCCAAAUUUUCAAAUUUCCAUCUUGAUUGAAUCACUAGAUACAGGGUGUCAAAGUAAACAUUUGUUUUUGACACAAAACGUGACAUGGUUCCCUAAAUUUUCAAAUAUUUCCAGUUUUUUUGAACAUACAACUUCGGAAAAAGAUUCAUUAGAAUCAGAAACGUUUUUUCUACGAGCUCCCAAAUUUUCCACUUUCCAUCUUGAUUGAUUCACUAGAUACAGGGUGUCAAAGUAAACAUUUGUUUUUGACACAAAAUGUGACAUGGUUCCCUAAAUUUUCAAAUAUUUCCAGUUUUUUUGAACAUACAACUUCGGAAAAAGAUUCAUUAGAAUCAGAAACGUUUUUCCUACGAGCUCCCAAAUUUUCAAAUUUCCAUCUUGAUUGAAUCACUAGAUACAGGGUGUCAAAGUAAACAUUUGUUUUUGACACAAAACGUGACAUGGUUCCCUAAAUUUUCAAAUAUUUCCAGUUUUUUUGAACAUACAACUUCGGAAAAAGAUUCAUUAGAAUCAGAAACGUUUUUUCUACGAGCUCCCAAAUUUUCCACUUUCCAUCUUGAUUGAUUCACUAGAUACAGGGUGUCAAAGUAAACAUUUGUUUUUGACACAAAAUGUGACAUGGUUCCCUAAAUUUUCAAAUAUUUCCAGUUUUUUUGAACAUACAACUUCGGAAAAAGAUUCAUUAGAAUCAGAAACGUUUUUCCUACGAGCUCCCAAAUUUUCAAAUUUCCAUCUUGAUUGAUUCACUAGAUACAGGGUGUCAAAAUGAAUAUCUGUUUUUGACACAAAAUAUGACAUGGUUCCCUAAAUUUUCAAAUAUCUCCAGUUUUUUUGAACAUACAACUUCGGAAAAAGAUUCAUUAGAAUCAGAAACGUUUUUUCUACAAACACCCAAAUUUUCAAAUUUCCAUCUUGAUUGAAUCACUAGAUACAGGGUGUCAAAGUAAACAUUUGUUUUUGACACAAAACGUGACAUGGUUCCCUAAAUUUUCAAAUAUUUCCAGUUUUUUUGAACAUACAACUUCGGAAAAAGAUUCAUUAGAAUCAGAAACGUUUUUUCUACAAACACCCAAAUUUUCAAAUUUCCAUCUUGGUUGAAUCACUAGAUACAGGGUGUCAAAGUAAACAUUUAUUUUUGACACAAAAUAUGACAUGGUUCCCUAAAUUUUCAUAUAUCUUUAGUUUUUUUGAACAUACAACUUCGGAAAACGAUUCAUUAGAAUCAGAAACGUUUUUUCUACAAACACCCAAAUUUUCAAAUUUCCAUCUUGAUUGAAUCACUAGAUACAGGGUGUCAAAGUAAACAUUUGUUUUUGACACAAAACGUGACAUGUUUCCCUAAAUUUUCAAAUAUUUCCAGUUUUUUUGAACAUACAACUUCGGAAAAAGAUUCAUUAGAAUCAGAAACGUUUUUUCUACAAACACCCAAAUUUUCAAAUUUCCAUCUUGAUUGAUUUACUUGGUACAGGGUGUCAAAGUAAACAUUUGUUUUUGACACAAAACGUGACAGGAUAUCCUAAAUUUUCAAAUAUCUCCAGUUUUUUUGAACAUACAACUUCGGAAAACGAUUUAUUACAAUCAGAAACGUUUUUUCUACGAGCUCCCAUAUUUUCAAAUUUCCAUCUUGAUUGAUUCACUAGAUACAGGGUGUCAAAAUGAAUAUCUGUUUUUGACACAAAAUAUGACAUGGUUCCCUAAAUUUUCAUAUAUCUUUAGUUUUUUUGAACAUACAACUUCGGAAAACGAUUCAUUAGAAUCAGAAACGUUUUUUCUACAAACCCCCAAAUUUUCAACUUUCCAUCUUUAUUGAUUCAUUAGAUACAGGGUAUCAAAGUAAACAUCUGUUUUUAACACAAAAAGUGACAUGCUUCUGUUAAUUUUUAAAUAUCUUCAGUUCUACUAAAUGAAUAAUUUUGAAAAAAAAAAACAUCAGAAUCCGAAACGUUUUUUGCAUAACCUCCCAAAUUUUCAUAUUUCUAUCGUAAGUGGUUCACUAGAUACCAGGUGUGAAAGAAAACACAUUUUUUUGACACAUAAACUGUUUCGAUUCCCUAAAUUUUCAAAUAUCUUCAGUUCUAUUGAAUGAAUUACUUUGAAAAAAAAAUCUUCAGAAUCAGAAAUAUUUUUUCUACAAGCUUCCAAAUUUUCAUCUUUCUAUGUUGAUUGAUUCAAUAGAUACAGGGUGUUAAAGUAAACAUCUGUUUUUGACGCAAAAAGUGACAUGCUUCUGUUAAUUUUUAAAUAUCUUCAGUUCUACUAAAUGAAUAAUUUUGAAAAAAAAAUCAAUAGAAUCAGAAACGUUUUUUCUACAACCUCUCAAAUUUUCACCUUUCCAUCUUGAGCGUUCCACCAGAUACGGAGUGUUGAAUAAAACUUUUCGUUUUGGCCGAAAAAACUUUAUUAUCGAUAGCUUUCGAAACUUAUCGACAAAAGAGGCACUAAAAUAAGUAUUCUACGAUUAUUUUCCAUAAAAAAUUUUGUAAUCGUUGUUUUGUUACUAAAAUAAUUAAUUUUCGAUAAAAUCAUUUCGGUAAUAGUCGAUAUCGGAACGACUAUUUUUCGAAUCUCCCCCGUAUAACUUUUUAUCUAUAUUAGAUGGAUUUUUUUUUAAUUUCGUAGGAAUCUCGAAAGUGUUAAGGGGCAAUGUGCAUAGUAUAAUUAGUUAUAUUGAUAUUUUAAUUAGAUGAAAGUAUCCUCGAAGUGAUUUCAUUUUUUUUGUAGUAUUUUAUUGAUUUUUGAAUAUCGAAUGUAUAAGUGUGUUUUCUAUUUGAAAAUUUAUAAAUUGAUACGAUUUUUUUUUUUUUUUACUUAGCGACUGACCUUACGCUUAAGCGGUCCCCUUCUAAAGGGCAGUUAAAAGGGCGCGAGGCAGUAUUAUUAUUAUUAUUAUUUUUUUUUUCUAAUAUUUAGAUUCUCCGAAGACUAAACCGCCUCCGCACCUUUGACUGUACUUGAGAACGCUAGCAAAAUAAUAUAAUUAAGGUUUUUGACUUUUUUAUAAAUUUAAUUGCUACCAAAUAAAUUUUCGUGAUUUAUA